AGAUCUGUCAUGUUUAAAACAGAUUGGUCCUGGGCAUCAUUCACCAUGGCACUUCUCUUUGUAUUGACCCUUCUCAUCACUGUUUUUUGUUCAGUUCAAGGGCGCUCAUUCCAGAAAACAUCAUUUGAAAUGAGUAAAGAGAACACAGAAAUUGACCACACAAACACAAUUGAGGAUGAGGAUUUUUCUGUUUCAACUCUCAUCGAGAAGGCUAACAAAAAUCUUGGGAAAAGACCCGAUGACCAAGUGGUGAUGUUUGGGGACGUUGCAGUACACACUGGUUUCAUAAACGCUGACCCCUGCACAGCCCGUGGCUGCAAGUGGCCCAAGUCUUCUGACGGGAACGUGUAUGUGCCCUAUGUCAUCUCUAAUCAAUACUCAACUCGGGAGAGGUCAGUUAUUGAAGGAGGGUUGCAGACCUUUGCUGCGUCAACCUGUGUCCGUUUUGUCCGCAGAACCAAUCAGCGGGACUUUGUGAACAUACGGUCUUUGUCGGGCUGUUUCUCCUAUAUAGGCCGCCGGGGCAAUGGCCAGGAUGUGUCUCUGAGCAGGAAUGGAUGCGUUUUUCUGGGCAUAGUACAGCAUGAAUUGCUUCAUGCUUUGGGCUUCAACCACGAGCAAACACGCAGUGACCGCGAUAACCAUGUUCAAAUCCUGCUUCAGAACGUUAUCCGUGGAAUGGAAUUCAAUUUUGCGAAGAUCAACACUAUUAACUUGAACACUCCAUAUGACUAUAAUUCGGUCAUGCAUUACGGAAGGUUUGCCUUCUCCCGAAACAGGCAGCCCACUAUUCUUCCAAUACCUGACAAUAAUGCAGUUAUUGGCAGGGCAACUGAGAUGAGUCCCAAUGAUAUUCUGCGGAUCAAUCGUCUCUAUAACUGCACGGGACAGCAACAGAACUAAUUUGGGACCUGCAAUUGUAGAGUACAAUAUUAAAUGUUACACUUAAAGAAAUAAUUUUAAUGCAUAUGCUUUUUGUUGUGCAAUAAUAUCUUCCACUUUCGAUAACUGUAUUGCAAAGCAAAAUACUCUAAGCUGUUAUGAUUUUCUAUUGCAAUAAAAAUUAUAAACGU